AUGACAAUCAAACUCCAUACACAUCCAUUACUCGUCUUAUCCUCCUUUACAAAGUUUGUUAUUGAAGAAACUCGUGACGGAACUGGUUAUCUUUUACAAGAGCAUCUGACGCUUUCCAUGUUUUUCGCCUUUUGUUUGGCUUUUCUCGCCAUUAUCAACGAAAUAAAGGGACCGCACCAGAUCGUGUUAGAGAUGAUACAGCAACAAUGUGUAUGGUACGGCACCUGGUUUCUUUUAGGUGUGGCAUCUUCUAUCGCUGUCGGCGCCGGAUUUCAUACCUUUGUCUUGUUUCUGGGCCCUUAUAUUGCAGAAGUCACUCUGGCUGCAAAUGCAUGUCAUUCAGCUCAACUGCUGACCCGCAAUCCAGACAGCUUUCGAUUGAUUGAUUGCAUCAGUGAGAAUCAGUUUAACUCAUUUGUCACGGUAUGGGCGGUCUUUCGACAGGUACACUGGGAAAGUUUUGCUUGGGGUGCUGGAACCGCAUUUGGUGAAUUACCGCCCUAUUUUAUCGCCCGAGCGGUGGCAGAAAGUGGUGAAAAAGUACAUGAAAAGGAUAACGUAGUGUUACAAAUGAUCCAAAAACUUGGAUUUUUCGGAAUAUUUCUGUUUGCGUCUGUUCCCAACCCCCUUUUUGACUUGGCAGGCAUCACAUGCGGUCAUUUCAAGAUUCCGUUCAGUACGUUUUUCGGUGCGACUUUUUUAGGAAAGGCGUGUGUUAAAGCCAGCAUCCAGUCUUUACUUGUUAUUUUGGUGUUUUCGCAUGAUACGUUAAAUACGGUACUGCAAUUUAUUCAACCCGUGAUACCCGAUUCAGUUUAUCAAUCAAUUCAACUUAUAGACCAGACAAACUUAUUUAUAAGCAAUGAACAAGUAAGUGAGGAAAAAAAACACAUUAUACUAAACUCUAAAUUUUUGGCUGGAACUGUCUGGAACUGUGUACUAGGUUUUAUGAUAUUUUAUUACGUGCUUUCAUCGGUUGAAUCAUUAGGUGUUGCAUAUAUUCACAGGCAGAAAAAUAAAGGGAAAGAAUAA